GUUUUAAGUAACUUUGACAACAAAAUCAAAAACGCCAUUUUUUUAAGCACGAAAGAGAGAGAAAAUACAGAGAAAGAAGAAAGAGAGAGAGAUGGUUGGGUUCACCACCUGCAUUGACAUUUCGACGCUUCCCACCGAUAUGGAGGGUUUUUACGCGACCAACAACCAGUUCCAGAAAAGAGGUCCCAAGGGUUUCAUCCAAGUCAAGGUUCUCGACGACGACAAGCUUUACGUACGCGUCGACUUGCCCGGUGUUCCAGACGACGCUGUCCACCACAGAGUCGACGCCGUUAGGCAAAAGGUGGUGUUUUUCUCUGCGGUGGCUUUCAACGACGGCUACGAGAAGCAGGGCGUGCGUGAGUACUCUGGAACCGCUGGUCUGGGCUGUGACUGCUGUGAGAUCACCGGCGUGGAUGCCAAGAUGAAAGAUGGAGUCUUGAGGAUGAUUCUCUCAAGGGUCAAAGUGAAGGACCAUGACACCAAGUGUACCCACACCGUUCCUCCUUUCACAGGUAAAUCUGGAAGACGCGUGGAGGAACAUCCGUUUGUGGUGAAAGGUCGCAAGCGAGCCUUCGUUGGAGAACCAACAGCUGAUGGUGGUCUUUUCUUCGCUGUGGAUGUGCCUGGUGUUGGGGACGGUGAUGUUGAAGUGCUUGCUAAUGAGAGUGAAAUUAAAUUCACUGCUGAGGUCAAGAAUGUGUUCGAGCACGACGAGAGUGCAGGCCGUCUUUACCUUGGAAGCAUCGACACUUCUUGGUCUGGUGACUCUGCAGCUUCGCUUUUGAGUCAUUAUAACAUCACCGGUGCUGUCAACUUUGGUGUUCUCAAGGUUCUCAUUACCCCUCGUCCCAACACCGGCGGUACCAAAGAGUAAAUGCAUAUCUCUCCACUGCGUUUUGGUUUAAUUUCACAUAUCUAUGAAUCUAUUCCUUUUGUUUUAUGAGUACUUGGAUUGGAUUAGUCUUUGUGUGUUUUAAGUUUUUAAGUUGGGAUUUGAGACUGUUAUGGUUUAGUCCUGCUUUUGUGUUUGCUAUUAUGGAACUUAGUGAUUCAUGUCACUUGUUUGCACAAUCUAAACUUGUUUCCUUAAUUAAGCUGAUUGAAACCAAGUUAAUAAUAAUAUAAGCUGGAUCCA